CUUACGAAGGCCGACGCAAUCCCCCACGAUUCCGCGCCGGCCUGCACGUUCUCUGCCUUUGCUUCCAAGCGUGGCCAAGGGCGACGUUCAUGGUGGAAGGUAGCGGGCUAACCCCAGAAUCUCCGCAGGUGCAUGCUUCCGAGGAACACAUGUCGUGAUCUGCGUGGAUGGUCACCCUCUACAGCUAUUGCAAGCGCACCGUUUUUCGAUUUCAUCGCAUUUCAGUCUCCAGGGAGUCGCUCAAGACAGGCCCUCUGCAUUCUACAUUCUUACGCGGCGCACGGACAAGAAAUCUAGCCACAAGUGCACGCAACAUGGCCCCUCCACCUAAACUGCUCACCCCGGCCCAGGUGCUUGCACGCACCGGCAUCACCAUUGCGUCCAACGAGGUGGCCUACCAUGAAGGAGCAGCGGUAAUCGUUUUCCCGGCAAUGUCCACCUCUGCGAUGGCGUCAUUCUCAUCGGCAUCGGUGCUGCCUGGCGAAAGCCCCGGCCAAGGACCUGAUGCCGCAGCAUUCCUUAAUCCUGUUCAAGAGUUUAAUCGUGACCUGUCCAUUGCGGCAAUUAGGACAUGGGAGGCGGAUAUGAAUGCUGAGCGCAAGGAGAAGAGAUUGAGAGGCUGGGCUAAAAAGCGUGCAAAAGGCAAGGGAAAGGCAAAGAAUGGGAAGGACAAACAGCCGGAGACGGGUGAUGCCGAAGUGAAGGGUGCUGCAAGUAUUGCGGACUGUAGUGCGAAGCCUGCAGAUCAUGGAAAGCGAGUGAAGCCUCCGCACAUACCGCCGUAUCGCUUCACCAUUCUAGAGGCGCUCGCUGCCACGGGCCUGCGAAGCAUCAGGUAUGCCAAGGAAAUUGACAACAUUCGAUUUAUUCUUGCAAACGAUUUGUCGGCACCGGCGAUCGAGACCAUGCGACGCAACGUGACGCUCAAUUUCCCACCUGGCGAGGACACGAUCGCGCCAGGCGAACUGGCUGGUGCAGCCAAGGCAGGUGAUGAUGCUGCGGCUUCACUGACCAAAACCUCGCCCACUGCAUCAGUUGAGGAAUCAGCAGCGGAAUCAACGUCACUCAUCCGCAUCAACGAAGGUGACGCCCUCUCAGUCAUGUACCAGCAUCGCACACCAGCGCAUGCCCAGUUCGAUGUGGUCGAUGUAGAUCCAUACGGCUCCGCGUCUAUGUUUCUCGACAGUUCAGUGCAAGCUGUAGCCGACGGAGGCUUGCUGUGCAUUACCUGCACUGACCUCGCUGUCCUCGCUGGCGGACAGUAUCCCGAAAAAGCAUAUACACUGUACGGUGGCAUGUCACUGCGCAGCGAGUACAGCCACGAGAUUGCGCUGCGACUCGUCUUGCAUGCCAUCAGCACCGCCGCCGCCAGGUAUGGACGCUAUAUCCAACCUGUUCUUUCGCUCAGCAUUGACUUCUACGUCCGCGUGUUUGUGCGCGUCUGGACGUCACAAGUCGAGACAAAGCGACUUGCCGCGCAGACCGCCUUGUUGUGGAGCUGUCAGGGUUGUGGUAACAAUGCUACGCUCCCGAUGGGAAGGCGUAAACCCGGUCCCAAGUCGAAAGAUGGCAAAGAUCAGACCAAAUAUAGCAAUGGGGGUGGACCGCCAAUCAGCCCCAGAUGCGACGAGUGCGGGGGCAGCUGGCUGAUGGGUGGGCCGCUCUGGACGGGGCCCUUGCAUGACACUGGCUUUUGCCAUCGCCUCCUGGAUAUCGUGGCAAAAGACCCGAGCAAGUUCAAGACAGCUCCCCGAAUCCGGGGCAUGGUUUCAACAGCGGCGCAAGAGCUCGGAAAUACUAACACGCCACCUCCAGCUGCUAGCACGGAUGCCGGUGUAGCGGAAGGCACAGAUGGCAACAAAGAAGAAGACUCUUUGAUGAGCGAUGCAGCAAGUCCGCUGUUCUUCUUUACGCCCAGUCGGCUGUCUAGCGCUUUUCACUCGCUCUGUCCGCCGCUGUCUGUCUAUGUGAACGCUCUGCUUAAUGCAGGCUACAAGGUCAGCCGCUCGCAUUGCAUGCCUGGAAGUCUCAAGACAGACUGUCCACGUCCGAAACUGUACGACCUGCAGCGCAACUGGCUCAAAGCACAGCAGAUAGCCGAGGCAGGUCGUGCAAACGAGGAAGCAAAGGAGGAAAUGGGUGCUGACCAGGGGUAUGAGAAGGCGCAGGGCGAUGCGGAUAAUAGGAAACGUGGUGGAGGGGCUGCGGACUCAAAUGCAGCUGUAGAUGUGGACGGGUCUCGCAAGCUCAAGCUCUCGAAGCGCAUCCAAAAGAUGAACGCGGCCUCGCCUGCCUUCCGACUCAAUACCAAGCCGAUCACCACCUUUUUUGACAUCAACACGAUACAUCCGGCAGCGCAAAAAAUCCUCGCCGCCGAGCUAGAGUCCACUUCGUACGCAUCUUGCGGGGGCGACGGCGCAGACAAAGACGCAAACGCAACCGGAGAAGAUAAGGCAAAGGGUAGAAAGAAGGAGAAGCUCGUACGGUAUCCGAGCAAUCCGCUGCCGAAUUGGGGUCCAGGCACAGCCGCAAAGACGACAGUUGCACCGCCAAAGGGCAAAGCGUCAAAUGCGGCGAAACGGUCGGCGGAAGGAGUGCAGAAUGGAGAUUCUCUAGCAAACGCAAGCAAGAAGACCAAGUGCGACUGAGGCUGUGACUCAGCUCCCCGCUGCCACGAGUGUUGUAUUAUAAUUGAAGGGUUGAAAGUACCAGGUUAACUGAG